CCUGUUCUGUCAGGAAUCCCUCCACCCCUAUCUUCAUGGUCUCUGUUCAUUCGGUAUUCGGUGCCCCUCUGUUGCCCUUCUCUCUCUAAUCACCAAGAGGACUUCUUCCUCCGUGACACGACUAUGCAUACGCCGUUAGGCCAGUUGCAAAUGCAGGUCACGCCCAUGGGUUUUACCAACGCAGUAGCAGAAGCGCAAAGGAGGAUGCUUGCGGUCGCAGGGGGUAUGUUUCCUGCGAAGUGCGAGCCUUGUAUUGAUGACAAUCACGUAAAAAUGGCACGUGAAAAGGAUGAGACGAAGGUUCAGCCGGGAGUGAGAAAGUUCGUGUGGGACCACCUACAGGAUAUCAAAGAGCUGCUCCAAAGGUUCCUGGAGUAUAACAUCACUGCUAGCAGUCCAAAGAGUAUCCUGGCAGUCCUGGAAGUCACCAUUUUGGGAUUCCGUUGUGGGGCUUACGGAAGGAAGCUGGACCCGGCUAAGAUGGACAAAAUUGCUCAGUGGCCUAUGCCCCUCCGAACCACAACGAAAGUGAGGGCCUUCCUGGGCGUCGUGGGCUUCUGGAGAAUCUUUAUAAAGGGGUUCACAAAGAUAGUAGAACCUAUUCGGGCCAUGAUCUGCGAGGAAGGCACGCUUGACUGGACCGAGGAUCGGGAGGCGGCCGUCCAGACCUUGAAGAAGAUACUGACGUCCGAAAAGGUUACCCUUGCCGCCCCGUGCUUCAAUGAUGAAGUAGGACGCCCCUUCGUGCUUGAAACCAAUGGGGGACCACUAGCCGUGGGUGGGGUAUUGAUUCAAAAAGGCAAAGAUGGGAGAGAGGGUCCCAUUAGGUUCGAGAGUAGAACGCUCAACUUUGCCGAGCGUCGCUAUUCUCAGUUCAAGAAGGAGGUGCUUGCAAUAUUCCAUUGCCUCAACACCUUCCAGGCGUAUCUCUUUGGGAGAAUGUUCAUCUUGAGGAUAUAUCCGACCAGUGUCGUCCCACCCAUGAAAUUCACACGAGCUUAUGGCGCUGCAGCUGUGAUUGGCAAUGCUAUAUACUGCAUGGGGGGUGGACCUGCAGGAGUUCAUCUGAUUGAGAAGUACACGGAGGAGAAUGGCUGGCAGAUUGUGCAACCUCUGGGAAACCAUCAGUUUCAGAAAAAUAGCUUCCUCACUGCCGCAGUGUUGUGAGUGGAGGGCACCCUCCAAUGCCUUGCACAGUGGUUGCAGGCAUUGAUGAACACAGCGAUUGGCUGGCCACAAUGGUGUGUUCGCUGAGGGACUGAAGAGAGGAGAGCAGUGAUGUCCUGCAGUUCACGCGCCUCAAGGAAGCCUCCAACACGGUCUCAAUCUGGUGUCUACUUUGUAAAGGGCCGAAUUCUCACUCAGGUUGUCAGUUGGCAGUGCUCUAUCUUCAUGUGGCAUUGUGUUGUUGGACCUUGUUCAUGGUUUGAUAUCUGUACAAGCUGGCAUCCAAUCUGUGCUUUCAGAUAGGCUCUGUCAAGCAUGGCAGUGGCUAUGAGCAGUAAGACACUGUUGCAGUAAAAAAUGUGUAAUUGCCAUGGCAUUUCAUAGAAGUUGUCUGAUGAAAUGUCAACAAGUUUAGGGCAGCAUGUUAGGAGGAGAAUAAGAGUAGGUAUAAUGAUUAGGUAGAAGACAAUCAGUAGCCUCCAGAAGCGUAGGUGCUAGGGAAUAAAUGGCCAUGUAAUAUGCUUUGUAGGCUGUCCUCAAUAUGUUUCUUUUGCUUGUUUACACCACCAUUCCGUGACAUUGACAGUGAUUUUUCUCAUCGAGUAGGAGUUGAAGGCAUGCGAACCUUGCCCUGCUUGUCUGUGGCCGCAAUUUUUGGUCAGUCGGGGCUUGAACUGCUGGUGCUACCUGCUGGUACACUUGUCUGUUGCUCGGAAUGCUGUAUCACCACAAGGCGAAUGCUAUUCCACUGUGUGGCGAUAUGCUUCGUCCUCUUUGAAGCACGCUUCCAGCGCGAUACCGAUUCUGUCGUCCCGCUAAGGACACCCUCCUAUCUGGCUUCAUUAGAUAGGAUCUCACUCGAGGGAGAAGACCUCUCCAUUUGCUCUCAGCGAAAAAGAUGCCUACAGUCGUACGUUCUAACCUUUUAGAAAUGAGACCGUGCAGAGUUAAACCAGCAGUUGCUCCCAUGCCUCUUUUCCCGAUGCAAAUUUUGCCCUCCUGCCCACAUUCCGAACUGUUGCAAGGACAAGGCGUGCCAGGCGUAG